CUCGUGCGUGCCGGUGGGUGCGGGCUUGGGAGAAGAAUCAUUUGCCACACUCGCCUUGGCUCAGCAGGACGGACGGACCCGCAGAGGAAGCCACUCAACUACUCCGCACCGGCUGCCUCACUGCCGGCAAGCCACCCACAGCCUACUCGUCACAUGCAUGCAAUCCAAAGGACAACCAGUCAUGGAUGUAAACACGGACGGCACAUAUUCAUAAAUCAGCGUGGUUCCAGCAGCACCAUGAGUGAGCGUGCCAGCUCUCGCCUACCAGCUCUUCUUCUCCUCCUGAUGUUCCUUCUCUUCGCGUCCUCCCUUGAGACUCCGGACCGUCCCCCUAUACGCCCCCUGGUCCCCACCCUGGUCCCCCACCGUCCGACACCUCUCCUGCGCUCCCGCUUCAGCGCCCACCCUCAUCUGGACUUGACCACCCACUGCAACUCGAGCUGCUUCCACCGCGCAGGAAGACUACCGGGUCACCAGGCCGCUGACAACUUGGCCUUCGAGACCCUCUACUGGGACGGCUCUCGCACGCUGACCACCGUGGACGUGGAGGAAGAGGGCGCCGGUCUCGUCGACUCAUCACCCAGCCGCAGGAUCGGACGGCGGCGCCUGAGGCGCCAGAUCUACGGCGCCGACGGCCGCUUCAGCAUCCAGGGUGACAACUUCCUGUUGGACUACCCAUUCUCGGCGGCCGUACGCAUCUCCACGGGCUGCACCGGCGUCCUGGUGUCCCGCUGGCACGUCCUGACCGCCGCCCACUGCCUCCACGACGGCAAGGAUUACGUCAAGGGGGCACGCAAGCUCCGGGUGGGCUUCCUCAUCCCGCCGUCUGUUAACGCGACUGCAGCGGAACACUCGUCUGGAAAGAAGCCCAUGGUGCGCUGGGUGCGGGUGAGGCGCACCCGGGUCCCCAAGGGGUGGAUCCAAGGCCCUCAAGACCUCAGCAUGGACUUCGACUAUGCGCUUCUGGAGUUGCGCUGGCCCCACCGGCGGGCCUUCAUGCGGCUGGCCGUGGCGCCGUCCCCAGACGGCCUGGCGGGCCGCCGCAUACACUUCUCGGGUUUCGACAGCGACCGACCCGGAGAGCUGGUCUACCGCUUUUGCCCGGUGGAAGAAGAGUCCAGCGACCUGAUCUACCAGCACUGUGACGCCCGGCCGGGGGCCAGCGGAUCGGGCGUGUACGGCCGGGUGUGGGACAAUUCCUUGGAACGCUGGGAAAGGAAGGUCAUCGGGAUCUUCUCGGGGCACCAGUGGCUGGAGGUGGACGGAGAGAACCGCGACUACAACGUGGCCGUGCGCAUCACUCCGCUCAAGUUCGCGCAGAUUUGCUACUGGCUGCACGGAAAUCAUUUGGACUGCUCACAGGACUGACGUGUCCGAGCAUAACUUGUUUGGAAAAUAACACCCGUCAUAAGCAGGGGGUACACGCAUACCCAGUUGUAACAACGUAACUGAUUUUUGAAAUGUGAGAGAGCCCACACAUGACGAUAAGAAAUCGGCAUAUGUUGCAUAACUGCUCUAAGAAGUAAUUGUGGGCAUGAUUUUUAUUCCAACAGAACAGGGAGGGAAAAUGACUCAAAACACGCUCAAGGCCACAAGAUAAUUGUAUUGAUAGAGCAUUUUAAAACAACACUCGCUGUACGAAGAAUGAAAAUGAGUUUUAAAGAUGGGCAGCGAGGGAGCUUGCUCAGGAUAAUCUUGUAGAGACAUUUGACAAACUGACCCGAUUUUCUGGAGGUGUAUCGUCCACUUAAUUGGCUGACUUUCCAUUUCACAUCACAAAAUCACAGAGUCUGUAACUCAUAUGAACUCGGUGUUGAGCUAAAGAUUCCCGAUCAUAAACAUUGAACAGCUCUAAUAUCUAUGAUAGUUAACCCCGGCUGUUUCGAGAGCAUGUCGGGGGUUUGAAUGACUCUUAAAAAACUCCACGCCACCAGAUUAUUGCUCGAGAUCAUCUUUUUGACAUCUAAUAAUUGGGCCCUUGCUGACUUUGAAUGCAAGAGAGGGUUUAUGUUAAAAUUCGGUCCUAUUAUCACACUUCUUAAUUGGUUAGCGUUCCAAGUCACUUUUCGACCACGGAGUACGUACUUCGGCUGAACUCUUCUUGAUCAUACAGAUCAUGAUUUGCAAUCUCAAAUAGUGAAGAAGUUUAUGAUUCUGUUUCACAUCACAUGAAAGCAAUGAUUUUUCCAUUAGAAAUAUUGAAAAGGUUGAACAUUUACUAGGUCAGCCCUGACAGUUUUGAGAAUUAAAAAAAAAAAACAACUUUUAACAGACCAGGAUAAUCGUUCAGACAUUUUGAGAUUUGACACUUUGCUGAUUCGGAUCGGAAGCUCAAAUUCACCCUGAGCAUCGAUAUGCGUGUACCCUACUCAACCGCCAUAUAUAUUUUCCACUGUACAGUAUUAACAUCUUUACAAGGUGAGAAACAUUCUUCUUGUACAUGUCUCUAUCCAUUUACUUAUUUUACAGAGGAAACAGCUAAGGGUUGAUUCCACAUCUUCCGGGACCCAUUUCAUUUUUUUUUUCAUCUGAAAAGAAACACGUUAGGAGCUUGACAGACAGAAUGUUAACUUUAUUUUUGGACAAAUGCUUGAUAUAUUUUAAUAAAUAGAUUUUUAUGACACCA